AAACGAACAGACCUCGUAUACAGUACAUAUAUAUAAUAUGCUUUAUGUAUUUCUCGUGUGUUUCGUUAUUUGGUUUUUCGUUACUUUUUGCUUGAAAUUCAGUCUCGCUCUUAAAUAAAGAUCUGAGGGUUUUGAGGAUUAUCAUCAUUAAUUUAUGACAACAAAAUUAUAAUGAAUACUGCAUCAACUGCUAUGGGGACUAAGAAAAAGAACAAGGCGACACAACAACUUGUUCCAAGCACUGAACGCAAAACAUCUGGAUGUAAUUGGGAGAUGUACAAGAACUUGUUGCCCAAACCAAAAACAGAGGAAAAUCAUUCUCAGCAAAAUAGACGUCCAAGACCUAAAAGAAUACAUACUACUUCGCUACUUGCAAAUCAACCGGAGCAGAACACUAGACACAAUAAUGUUAAUGAUAAAGAGAACAAAACUCUAACAAAACAAAUUGCCAUGGAUUGCGAGAUGGUUGGAAUUGGCGAUGGCACCGAGAGCAUGCUAGCUCGAGUAUCGAUUGUAAAUAAGCAUGGAGAGUGCCUAUAUGACAAAUAUGUUAAACCGAGAGAAAAGGUUGUGGAUUACAGAACAGCAGUCAGUGGAAUCCGACCGGAACAAUUACGAAGUGGAGAAGAUUUUAACAUUAUACAGAAGGAAGUAGCAGAUAUAUUAAAGGGUCGACUUCUAGUAGGUCAUGCAUUAAAACACGAUCUUAACGUAUUAUUCUUGUCGCAUCCGCGAAGAUAUUGGCGAGAUACUUCGAAAUACAAGCCCUUUCGCCAAAUAUCAAAGGGAAACACUCCCAGUUUGAAAAAACUUGCGCUUGAAUUGUUAGGUAGAGAAAUACAAGUUGGUGAACACAGUUCCGUGGAAGACGCAAGAGCAGCAAUGCAAUUGUAUAUGUUGUAUAAGAAUAAAUGGGAAUCGGAGAAGAGGGGUCGUUGGUGAGCAAUUUUUUGUACAUCAUUUUUCAUUAUCAAAAAAUUUACAUUUUAAAAUAUUCUUUUAUUAAACAAUGAAAGAACUGUACAAAAUUUGUCGACGAAAAAACGUAACUUUUUGCUUAUAUUUAACAAAUCUAUUAAUCAAUGAAAAGUACGAAAUAUAUUCAUAAAU